AAAAUCUGAAGUGAGUUCAACGACAUCGCGCGACGCUAGUGCGAUUGUACACACUCAUUUGGGUAAUUCGUCGUUCGAGCAAGUAAUUCUUGCAACCGCAAUCGUAUUAGUGCGAGAUGCUGCAGGCAAUUACCAACUUGGUAGAGCAUUACUUGAUUCGUGCUCACAAGUAAAUUUUAUAACUGACAGUUUUUCGCAAAGUCUACGCCUGCAAAGGAAGAAGCAACGCGUGGAAAUUUUAAGCAUCGGCAAUUCACCAACAACCAUAAGGCAUAAGGCUAUAGCUACCAUCAAAUCACGUCAUUCAGAUUUUGAGUUGGCACUUGAGUUUUGCGUAACGCCACACUUUUCACAUCAACCAGUGCCUGACAUAGACGUUUCAUCCUGGAACUUGCCAGCGAAUAUAAAUCUGGCCGAUGAACAUUUUCACAAAUCGCAGGGAGUUGAUUUGCUAUUAGGGACUGAUUGCUUCUUCAACGUCCUAUCCAUCGGGCAAAUUAAGUUAAAGGAAUCACUGCCAAUCUUGCAGAAGACUUUGCUGGGGUGGAUCGUUGCUAGCAAAUACAAUUCACCAACAGUUAUCGCAGCAUCCAUUCCACCCUCACUCACGUCGUCGCUAGCUACUUCAUGCAGCGUAUCGGAUACUUCGCUUACCAAUGGUCCAGCAUCUAUCAACGUAGCAUCGUGUUUGUUAUCUUGUGAGGAAAUAAUACAGCAGCAAUUGGAGCGAUUGUGGCAAAUCGACAAUACGACUAUCAAUGCAUCGACACUCACCGAUGAACAGGCUGCUUGUGAAGCAUUUUUUGUGAAGACCGUGGAUCGUGAUGCUACGGGUCGAGUCAUAGUGCAAUUGCCCUUUAAGAACGAUGUCGCUGUUCUGGGUACAUCGUAUGGUACUGCGCUUAGACGGUUCAUUUCGCUCGAACGUCGCCUUCAAUCGCAACCGGAAGUUAAGUCACAAUAUGUAGAUUUUAUGCAAGAAUAUGAGGCAUUGGGCCACAUGACGAAACUUGAAAACGUUGACUUGUCAAGCCCACAUUUCUACAUCCCUCACCACUGCGUACUUCGGCCCACCAGUACCACAACAAAGCUACGUGUUGUCUUCGACGCGUCGUGUCGCACAUCUACCCAAAAAUCGCUAAACGACAUACUUCAAGUGGGAGCUACCAUCCAAAAUGAUCUUUUCAUUUUGCUACUUCGCUUUCGUCUACAUCGCUAUGCACUGACUGCUGAUGUAGUAAAAAUGUACAGGCAAGUGCUAGUGCAGCCAGCUCAUCGCCGCUUCCAGUCAAUUUUGUGGAGGUCUUCACCGAUGGAGGAACUGCGCUCUUUCCAACUAAACACCGUUACCUAUGGCACGUCUGCUGCACCAUUUUUGGCAGUGCGUACGCUCAAGUACUUAGCCGACCAGUACGGAACUCAGUACCCUCUUGGUGCACAAAUUAUCAACUCUUCUUUCUACGUCGAUGAUUUGCUCAGUGGUGCGGACUCAUUUCGUGAACUCUCGCAAAUCAAAAGGGAGGUAACCGAAAUUCUUAGCAAGGGUGGCUUUGACUUAGCGAAGUGGCACUCGAAUUACCAAAGCCUUACGAACAAUGAGGAGGAAAAGUACAUGAGUUUCGACAAUUCAAACACAACUAGCACACUAGGACUAACAUGGAACCAAGCACAAGACAUGUUCCAGUUUUCGUUUAAGCCCAAGAAGCCGUUUAAUGGUAAG